ACUGGAGGGCAAAUUAUGGUGUAUUACAGAGUUUUGGUACUUUUAGUGCUGAUAUCUGUUUUAUCAGAUGCAUCCCUAGCUCAAACAAAGCCCGGUUGCCCUAACCAUUGUGGUGAAGUCAGCAUUCCAUAUCCAUUUGGUGUUGGAGAAGGGUGUUACCUUGAUGAAAGUUUCAAAGUAACCUGUAACUCCCCUUCCAACAAACCAUUCUUAGAUUAUAUCAAUUCAACUCUUCUUUCCAUUUCAAUCCAAACUGGAGAGCUCGACGUUUUAUCAUCAAUGGUGUCCGAUUGCCAAUUCGAUUAUACUCGAUUUCUAUCCUUUCACAAUUUCAAGCACCAGAAAUAAAGUGGUUGCUGUCGGAUGUGAUACGAUUGCUGUUGUCAGCGGAUUGGAAUUUUAUAACUUGACCGGUUGUAUGUCUCGGUGUUCUGAUGUGAAUGAUGUUAUUGUUACCAAUAGUUCUUGCAUUGGUAAAGGUUGCUGCGAAACCGCCAUAUCUAAAGGUAAUACAGCGAUUGUUAUUGCAACCAAUAGCUAUCAAAAUUACACAAAUGUAUCAACCUUCAGUCCAUGUAGCUACGCAUUUAUGGUUGAACAGGGAAAAUACAGCUUCUCUUCUACUGAUUUUUUGAGUUUGAAAAAGGGAAAAGAAUUUCCGGUGAUUCUUGAGUGGGGUAUUGGAAAUACAACUUGCGAAGAAGGUCGAAGAAACAAAGAAAUGUACGCUUGUAAACACAACAGUGAGUGCUAUGAUCUUGAUUACGAUUUUGGCUAUCGAUGCAACUGUUCUGUCGGUUAUCAAGGGAAUCCCUAUCUACCAUAUGGCUGCAAAGAUGUUGAUGAAUGUUUGGACCCUCAUCUAUACUAUAUAUAA